AACAAAAUGCUGUGUAAGUCUCAUGACAUAGUCGUAGGUCCGACGUCCGAUAAAACUUGUUUCUGUUUCUACUAAGAUUUUUCGAUAGCAAAUUUUAUUAGGUACUUAAUUAGUUGGAGAUAAAAAUAAUUAUAAUUGAAUAAGGAUAGUUGUAGUACAUUUCUAUUUAAAUAGUUAAAUUAACUUAAGAUAGAAUAUAAUGAUGAAUCUCCUCUCAAGAACAAUUAGAAAGGUAUUCAAUACAUUCAACAGAUACGUGCAUCCCUUUCCAACUAUGCUUGAGUCGAGAUCUCCGCUUGAGUAUCGUUCUGUAAUACGGGCCUAAGUGCGCACCAUCACAUCAGCUAAACCAUCUUUCACUGGCCCAAAGGCCUCAUCGUGUGAAUUACGGAGAAAGAAUGGGUGGUUACUUGUUUCAGGCUACCUAUUUCAGAUUAAAAGUUUACUUUAGGUUUUCUUUCACUGUUAUAUGAAUGGUGUCUAAAAAGGCUAAAAGAAAACAUUGUCAUUUAACUAUCAUAAUCUAAAAGUUAUUUUUAAUUUAACGUCUCGAUAAACGGUUUAUAAGUUUUUAUCAUUUAAUUAUGAAUUUCUUAAACAAGAAACUGUUACCCACUUAUUAGUGGAGAAUCUACCGUGUUGGCAACACCAUAACUGAGGGUAAACGCGCCGGGUUCCCGCGAUCGCCACACGUUCAGUCAGUCCGGCUUCGCGCGCGUAACAGCCGAGAUUCAUCGCGUCCGACGCUCUAAUAGAAAAAAAAAACAAUAAAAAAAUAAAACCAUUGAUUUAUCUGUAUCAUUUUGGCGAUAACGUAGCCAUUAGUGAUGUUCGCGUUAAAAUAAAAAAAGAAGUGUUAGAAUAAUGCUUUACAACGAUGAUUCUAAGAUCAAAUAGUGAUAAGGGUGUUUUAUUUAUUCAAUACGUAGUAAUUUGUGUGUAAGAGAUGCAAUAUCAAAGUAAUGACGACGACUUACAAUAUCGGAUUUUUGGCGAAUCCUUCAACUUUCCCAUCGAGAACAAAACUAUCGGAGGCCGGCGUAGAAAACGUAGCGGCUAUGAUUCAGAGACGAGCGAAUAUUCAGAGGAUUCAGCGGCGGCCUACGAGGAUGUCCAGGCUGCAACCAAAAGCUCUGGGCCGCGGAAGAAUAUUAAUAGGGGAAGGUGGACAAAGGAGGAGGACAAAAAGCUAAAAGCAUGCGUAAAUAUAUACAAUGAAAACUGGGACCUGAUAUCGGCGCAGUUUGCUGACAGGUCGGACGUCCAGUGCCAACAGCGGUGGACCAAAGUCGUCAACCCUGAACUAGUCAAAGGCCCUUGGACGAAAGAGGAAGAUGAGAAGGUGAUGGAACUGGUCGCCAAAUAUGGGCCGAAGAAAUGGACGCUCAUCGCACGCCAUUUAAAAGGAAGGAUAGGAAAACAAUGCAGAGAACGAUGGCACAACCACCUAAACCCGUCUAUAAAGAAGACUGCAUGGACAGAACACGAAGACCGAGUCAUAUACCAAGCACACAAACAGUUAGGGAACCAAUGGGCCAAGAUAGCGAAACUAUUACCCGGCAGGACCGACAACGCAAUAAAGAACCAUUGGAACUCCACGAUGAGGAGGAAAUACGAGCCGGAUCUGCUGGACAGUUUUGAGACGCUCCGUCGGAAACAGCCGCGGGUAAAGCCGCGGGAACUAACCGACUCUAAUAUUAUGCAAGAGAAGGUGCAAGUCGCGUAUAACGAUCAAUCCUGGUCGGAUCCCUUCAACGAAUCAGCCCAAAGCAAUUCGUCGAAUACAAGCCAGCCUCCUUCGAAACAUGUCCUACAUUUCCGUCAGUUGCUCAAAGAUCAACUAAAUAAUUUGCAACACCAAGCCAUACCGAAAUCGCCUGAUAGAGGAGGGCUGGUCGCUGCAGAUGAAAUGGAAAUCGUUGACACGCCUUUUAAAUUCGUAAACAUAGAAACACUACCAACAGACUCACCGCUCAGAAACUAUCUAUCAUCAGCCUCAGCUACCACUGAGAACAACCAAGAUACUGUUACCUACGCUGUACAAGCAGAAGCGAGCAAAGAGAUAGAGGUUCCCUCAGCAAUGUACACGUCGCCUCGUAAGAAAGGAGGCGAGACUAGCAGUCCGCCUCCCAUACUGAGGCGAAAGACUAAGAAGCUACCCGUCGUUACUUCCCACAACGCUAAUGCAUGGACAGACACGUUAACCAAAGCGCUGGAGUACCGUGAAUCAGGCGUGACUCCAAUAAAGGCGCUGCCGUUCAGUCCGUCCCAGUUCCUCAACUCCCCCGCCGGAAUAUCGUUCUCCACUAUAGAUGCUAACUCUACGCCGCUGCGACAUGCUGCCAAGGAGUGGAGUGCGAGUCCUCUACUUCAGACCCCUACGCCAGUCAACCACGUAACGCCUGGAGGACCCAAUCCUGUGAAGAGUAAUACACCUAAAACUCCAACGCCCUUCAAGAUCGCUAUGGCGGAACUGGGCAAGAAAUCAGGUCUGAAGUAUGAACCAUCGAGCCCUGGACUACUAGUCGAAGAUAUCACCAUGAUGAUGAAGAGAGAAAACUCCGAUAGCACUGUCCAGUUGAACGAUUCUCUAUUGUCCACUGCCGCUGAUCAGGAGAAUGGGAAUGUGCAGAUAAAUGACUCCGGCAUAGGCAGCCUGAAGCGAGGUAAUGAGUCAGGCAAGGAGAACGUCCCCGGGCACAAGAAGGCGCGCAAGGCGCUGGCCCCGGCCUGGGCCGCGCUCACUAGCACGCCGCACGCCCGGGAACAUACUCCUACACUCGUACCUGAUGUCUCUUACAUCGAGACUCCUAGCAAAACCUUAGCCGGAGAUAGCUCAGUAAUGUUCUCACCACCGUCAAUCGUCAAGCAUUCUCUACUAGAAGAAUCUACAAGCCUACACUCCCUCAUAAGCGCAGAAAACACGCCCGACACAAGCAAAUACGAAGACAUUGAUAUCGAAGCCGUCAUCACUGAGAAAACUAAGGUACAACACAGGUCUAUACUCCUUACUAAUCCUGAACCUAACACCUUAGGCCCUACUGAUAUCAUUUACCCAGAAUAUGAAAUGACUCCGUUUAAAGACAUCACUAAUUUAGACAACCCUAGCUUCUCUAGAUUAAACGCUGAUAGACUUCGAACUAUUACUACGGGGAACGAAUUAGCUUGCGACACCCUUAUUGCGCCUAAACAGGUCUUAGCUAACGCCUUAGCUGACCACAUUUAUAAAGUAACCAAUCAGAAGCCGUCUACGUCACGUAUAGAUGAGAUUUUAACCAAUAAGAUAAUGAAUAAAAAUGAUUAUGCGCAGAAAGAGAAUCAGUGGUGGACUGUGGAUAAAGAUACUGGACAGACGGACGAUGUGUUUAGUAAUGAUUAUUAUAUGUUCGCUAAUAUGUAGGUCGGGAUUACGCUUAUUGAAUUAGGUAUGUCUUGUGAUGGUUUGUUAGUCGAUUUUUUACAUUUUAUUCGAUAAUAAUAUCGAUUUCUGUAAUAUUUCUAUUGGUCAAAUCCAUUGAUCUCUUUGAUCAUAUUUCCUUUUUUUGCCUGAACUAUAAUCGGUUUUCAAUUUCAAAAAAUCGACUAAACAUUGUAUUCGGACAUAAGUUUUAUCGAUUAAAAUAAAAUCUUCUAACAAAAUAUCACAAGAAUUAACAACGGACUGUGAAUAAUAGUAAUUAUAAGUAAAAGACACGCUUAACUAAGUCAUAACAUUAACGGUUCUAAUUAAUUUAAAAUGUGGGUUACAUUUUAAAUAAAUCGACUAACACGUUUAACUCGACUAUAAUGUCUUAUAGACAGAAGUAUAGAAGUAUUGAUCGGUCACGAUCUCUUUAGGGAAUAUAGUUUAUGUAUAUAGGCACGGCUUUUAUAAUUAUUAUAACCCUUUAUUCGACAUUUUUCUGAAAAAUAUAUAUUGUUAUAUUUUACAGUCACAAAAAUUAUAUCCCCUUUAGUAACCCACUUAAAAUUAAAAACUAAUCAUAAACUAAACGACUAAACUAAUAUAAUAAAAUUAACACAAAUAACAUUGUGAUUUAUUACUAAAAACUAAAACGGAAAUCGUUAAUUAAAAUCGACUAAAUAAUUAACUCUUUGACUAAUAAAUUAAUCAUGACAAAAUCGGGAUCUAAAUCGAAUGUUUUCGAUAUUCGUCGAAUCGAAUAUUCGUAUCUUAUUAUCGUGUAAGCGAUUGUCGGUUGUAAAUUUUACUAAUUUUAUUUUUUAGAUUAUUUUCGAAUCUUUUAGUUAGUAUUCGCACCAAACUAAUGUAAACGUUAAACGGUAUUAGAAAUAAGGUACCAAAGAUGAGGUUUUCAUCAAAUGAACUAUUCGUUUUUUUUUUGCUAUUAUUAAUAUUAUCUAUUAAUUUAAUAUAUUCCUUAAUUUCUCUAGUUAAAAAAAGUAUAGUUGUAGGAAACGUCAAAAGUAUACCUCAAGUUUACCAUGCACCAAAUUAUUUAAGUGUUACUAGUUGUAAUAAUUUCGAAGUAUUAAUUUGUUUAGGUUAAACAUAAUCUUGUUCGUAGUGACAAAAAACAAAUGAGUACAAAAUAAAUCGUGUUUUCAACAGUAUUUAGCAAUCGUUACGUUCCAAUAUCGAAGAAGAGUAAACAUGUUUUACGUGCGCACGAAAUUCGUUGAAAAAUCGACCUUAAGGUUGUAUAGAAAGGGCGCGUUUUCUUUCCAUCUACUAACGACCCUAAUAGACACCUUUCCCAUCCCUGUAUUUAUUUAUUUAGAAAUUCUAUUAAUUAUAGUAUUUUCGCUUUGUAUUUUUGCCUUUAAAAUAUUAACAAUUUAAUUUAAUUGUCAUUCGAAUUUCGACUUUAACGCUGUCGCAUAGGUUGUGGAAUUGUAUUUAUAUAAAAGACACAUUUUUUUGUUAAAUUUUUGUAACAUUUUUAUAUCGGCAGCUACUUAAGAGUACUUUAUUUGAAAUAAACAAAUGACAUUACCUUUCUACCCAUUCCUACCAUUUUGUAUGACUUUCCUACCAAUCCUUUCCUACCACAAUAUUGACAGGCCAGUGUUGAAUCUUCAUAAAAAAUACUUAUUUAUUUAUAUCUUGUUAUAGAAAUUGUUUUUUGUUACUAUUUAUGUUUUAAAAAGA